AUGAUUCGUACACUGCAAGAGAUUAAGGGUGGUGAAGGUCCCAUCAAGGUAGGGGCUACUGGAAAAGUCAGUGCCCUCAUGAUGCAGGAGCUAGACACCAUGAAACUCACAUCUCACUCCUCUAUAUCAUCGAGGAAGAAACCACAAACCGUCCCAGUUUCAGUAUCUUGUGGUAUGCCGACAAAAAGACUACAACCAAGAAGAAGAACAUCAAAUGGUGCAAGUACAAGUGACAGCAUGAGCAAUGAGGAUGUUUCUGUAGAUAGAACUCCCAGUAGAGGCAAAACUGAGAAGAAAGGAUGCCAGAUUGUUGAAAUUGUGGACUUCAACUGUGGGAAUCCUGAUAAAGCUUGGUCUGGUCCUAUUACCAACCAACUCAAGAGGCUCAGCUUCACUAGACUUUCUGAAUAA